CCGGCUCCAGCCUCCUCAACUGGCUCAAGCCAAGGACAAGGUCUCCUGCCACAGCCGGCCCCUCCUAUCUGCCUUAGUUCUGUCUGACUGUGAAGUACCUUUGAAGUUUCUGUAUGACAACCAGCUGAGCUGCUGCAGCCAGCUUUGCCACGUCGUCACCAGGUAACUGGUUACAUGAUCUGACUGGUACAGUACUCAAGUCAAGUACAAGUCAGGCUGCGAGCUACAGAACUGUUCGCUUGAUUCAUCAUCAAAAUUGGAUUUAUUUGUAGCCUAGCCCAGCUGCAAGCAACAAGCUGGAAACAGGAAAAGGAGGAGAACGUCACCAGACUAGACACAAUCGAGAGCAGUGCAGUUUUCAAUUAUUUAUGCAACACUUCAAUAGAUUCUGAGAAUGUUUUGUUGUGUUAGUAGUUUAGCUUUUCAUCUUUCCAGAAGUUCCACGUGUGCGCGCAGAAUCCAGGCCCGUGUGUCCUGUUGCGUUUGGCGAAGAGCCAUGUCGACUGGCCUCCUGAACAGGCCCGUCGAGAGUGUAGUAAAAGUCGAUGGUCCUGGCAGUCAAUUCAGUGUUGUGAGCUAUAAUAUUUUGUCAGACAAUUUGCGCGAGCAACAUCCAGAUUUGUAUGAAGAAUGCAAUGAGAAAUUUGUGACCUGGGAGCACCGAGGCCCUCAGCUUAUCCGCGAGGUUGUGUCGUACGACGCCGAUGUAAUAUGCAUGCAAGAAGUAGAAAAGGGACAUUUCGACGCUACGCUAGUUCCGGGGUUUGAACAACAUGGAUUUAAAGGUUUUCACGUUGCUCGAAAUGGUGAUCACCCGGAUGGUUGUGCAACAUUUUACCGAACAGAGAGGUUUGAUCUGAUCAAACAACAGCCAGUUGAGUACCACAGACCCGGCUCAAACAUGCUGGAUCGUGACAACGUAGCACUUUUGCUUCUGCUCCGGUCCAAGGAGAGCAAGCAGAGCGCUGUUGACUGUUCCUCACCUCCAGAUUCUACAACGGGUGGUGAGAAGCGAGACUCAUGCGCUGCAGGCAACGUAGAUACCAGCCCAUGCAGUGCUGAUGGUGGCGACUGUGGAGAUACAGUUCUUGUUGCCAAUACACAUUUGCUCUUCAACCCUCGCCGGGGAGACGUCAAGUUGGCCCAGCUCAUGCUGCUGAUGGCAGAAGCGCAGCGCUUGUCUGCAAUUACCGAUGAAGCAAGUUCUUCUGCUGGAUCUCCUGUAUCUCACCAUCCGAUAAUAUUGACUGGAGAUUUUAACUUGACACCGUUCAGUCCAAUCUACUGGUUCCUUACAACUGGUGGGUUGUACUAUGAAGGUGCCGACCAGUUUUCCUUGUCCGGUCAGGAGAGGAAAAAUCGCUCAAAGCCUGUGCGAGGUGCCACGAGAAACGCGUUGCUUCCGGAGGCAAUUGGAGUAUCGAAUCGCUGUAUAUAUGAGGACACAUCACUGGGAAAGCGCUUCAACAAUGUGCCGGCUGUCACGCACCCGUUGGGCCUGGCAUCCGCCUAUCAGCACUUCUUUAGCCGCGACGAGCUGGAGUUCACCACGUAUCACAGCCGUGUCUGCUGUACAGUGGACUAUAUCAUGUUUGCUAGUGAUCAGUUCUCCGCGCGCCAUGACAUGGACAUGCUGCAGUAUCGGCGCAGACUCUCGCUGCUCGGCCGUCGACAACUCCUCCGGCAAGCGCACCUGCACCCACUGGGCCCGCUACCCAACGAGCAGUACGCGUCCGAUCAUUUAGCAAUUCAAGCGUUCUUCCAGUUUGCACCUGCCGCUGGUGCACCAUCGCACCAAUCCCGAAUGAGCACAACGCCUGGUGCAAGUAAGCGGACCCGUCACUGACACGACUGCUGCUGUUGGGUUAGUUUAUGUGCCGUCGACUACUGGCAAUUACUUAUUAACUUAUUCGUGUUAGCUGGACAAACUUGAGCUGCUUUAUUGGCCAAUGGGAACUUGCCUUCAGUACGAGGUUUGAAAUAUAUUCUGUCAUGAAAAUAAUGUACCACUCACUAGUGCUGGUGCAACUUGCCAUAUCUAGUCAACUCAAUAUAUUGCAUGACAUGCACUGCAAAGCCAUAGUCGUCAUAUCCUCACUUGAAAUCUUCAGCAUGAGUUGCUCUCCGACUUUCUCCUUUUCGUGGUGGAUUUUUUUGUUUGUUGAGGAAGGAAAAGUGCUAUUUGCCAUAGAAAAUGUUACUCCCAUGUCUAGGUGACCGAGUCAAUUAUCUGCCCUUCGUGCAGCCAUUUAAUUAUUGUUCAUGUUUCCCAUCUAAUUUGAUGCGAACAAAAUCUAUCAUAGCCUUCCUAUUUUUUUCUUUCUUGUCGUUUGUAAGACUGGUACAGCUAUGGUACAGCUACAUUGGGACUGGUACAGCUAUGGUACAGCUACAUUGGGACUGGUACCCGUAUUUGUACUUCGUUUUCUUUCAGUUGUUGUUGAAGCUUUAUUUGACAUUUCGUAUUUUUGUAUCCGUUUCUUACUAGCUUUCGUAUUCUAGUCUUUUCCUGUGUGUUCAUGUAGGGACCCUAACUCUUAGGAAAGUUAAUGUUUUAUUGUUGAA